AUAUAGAGACCCCCUCUAGCAUCGGGGAGUGUGGCAUCGACUGAUCGUCUCCGAGUUGUAGCAUUUUAAUUAGUGUCCAUGGGAGGGGAAAACGAAGAAGGUGAGAUGAUGCUUGUUCAGAGGAUCUCGGGGAUCUAUGAGAGGAUCUCCAAGCUGGGGAGUCUGAGCCCAUCCGAGGAGGUGGACGGGCUCUUCACUGAGCUGGUGCAUUUGUGCAUCCCUGUCGUCGCAAUUGAAGUGUGCGAGCUGAGUCCGGAGGUGCAGGCCAUGAGGACUAAGCUGAUCAAGCUUUGCGGCGAGGCAGAGGGGCUCUUGGAGUGCCACUACUCCGAUCUCUUGGCCUCCUUCGACAACCCUCUCGACCACUUGGAGCUCUUUCCCUACUACAACAAUUAUGUCAAGCUGAGCCAGCUCGAGUAUACCCUCCUGGCGCGUCACGCUCCGGCGCCUGCCCGCGUGGCGUUCGUCGGCUCGGGGCCCCUGCCGCUGAGCUCCAUCGUGCUCGCCGCGCGUCACGUGCCGGCGUCGGCGCAGAUCGACAACUACGACGUCGACGCGGCGGCCAACGAGCGGGCGCGGCGCCUGGUGAGGGGGGACGGCGGUGUUCCUGGCGGCGCGCGGCUGGAGUUCCACACUGCGGACGUGAUGGACGUGACGCUGGCGCUGCGGGGGUACGACGUGGUGUUCCUGGCGGCGCUCGUGGGCGUCGAGCGCGAGGAGAAGGCUCGGGUGGUCGAGCACCUGGCGCGCCACAUGGCGCCGGGAGCCGUCCUCGUGGCGCGGAGCGCGCACGGGGCGAGGGCCUUCCUCUACCCGGUGGUGGACCCGGCGGAGGACCUCAAGGGCUUCGAGGUGUUGACGGUGCACCACCCGGCCGACGAGGUCAUCAACUCGGUCAUUGUCGCCAGGAAGCCAACGCACGGCGGGGUGCAUCCGCCGGCGCCGGCGGUUCUGAGGCCCUGCAAGCGCUGCGGGAUGGUGCAGGGGUUUCAUCACUUAGGCCACGAAAGCAUCAUAUAAUUAAGAGGUCGAUCGGCGGCGCGCCGGAAGAACUUCACUACUCUAAAUUAAUUACUUAAUUAUAUAUCUACUUUAGCUUUAAUUUAAUGAUGUAUCAGUGCUGCAAGAAGUCUUUUUUUUUUUUUUUUUUUUGCCAAGGAAUAAGUGGCAUUUCUAUGUUGUCAUGCAUAUCAUAAAAUAGCAGAGUCUGAAUUACAGUCUUAAUUUAUAUGCAAUUAUAGCUAAACCUAAACCCUACAGGAA